GCAUUAGUCUGUUUUAAUACAUCAAAAGCAAAAAAUACGAGAAUAUUGAAUAGUGAAUGUUAUAAAGUUAUUUGGAAACUGAAAGCUGUUAAAAUCAAUUGAAGUCUGGCUUAUCAUUUCUUAGCCUUGGAGGGCGCUGUUCAAAACGAUUGUUCAUCUACAUUUCUGAAGACACAACUAUUGACGAUUGCUUUUCGCAAUGCUGCCAGUGCUUGUUUGCAUAAUAGUUAUCGUAUUAAUCUGUUGUAAUGUCAUCAGAAGUGUAAUCAAACCCGAGAAAUUUCCUCCAGGUCCGAUAUGGUAUCCAUUUUUUGGCAGCAGCUCAAUUGUUCAACAAAUGACAAGCAAACACGGGUCGCAGUGGAAAGCGUUACUGGAACUUUCGAAACAGUGGUCCACUCAGGUUCUCGGCUUAAAACUAGGAAGAGAAUUAGUGGUCGUCGUCUACGGGGAGAAGAAUGUUCGUCAAGUGUUCUCGGAAUCCGAGUUCGACGGUCGACCGAACUCUUUCUUCUAUAAGUUGAGAUGUCUCGGAAAACGACUCGGCGUCACCUUUGUUGAUGGUCCUCUUUGGCGAGAACACAGACAGUUCACUGUAAAACAUUUAAAGAAUGUUGGUUUUGGUAAGACAUCGAUGGAGCUGGAAAUCCAAAACGAAUUGAAGUUGUUACGUGAAUACAUAAAUGAUAAUAAACAUAAGCCAAUAAAAGUUGAUAGUAUGUUUUCAUCGGCCGUAAUGAAUGUUUUAUGGAAGUAUGUAGCAGGCGAGAGAAUCAGAGAAGACAAAUUAGAACGUUUACUUGAACUAUUCUAUUUGAGAUCGAAGGCGUUCACUUUGACUGGUGGCUUGCUAAGCCAAAUACCUUGGUGCAGGUUCAUUAUACCCGGCCUAAGUGGGUACAAACUAAUAGUUGACUUGAACCAGCAGAUAUCUGAAAUUAUUGAGGAAGCCAUAAAAAAGCAUUUAAACAAAGAAGUGCAACAGAACGAUUUUAUAUAUUCGUUCUUAGAUGAAAUGAACGAAGAGAACAAGGCAUCAUUUACGUACGAUCAGCUGAAAACCGUGUGCCUUGAUCUAAUAAUAGCCGGAUCCCAAACAACAGGGAACGCUGUUAAGUUUGCUCUUCUAUCAGUUUUGCGAAACAAAAACAUUCAAGAAAAAAUCUUCAACGAAAUAGAAAACACCAUUGGCGAUUCUAUGCCUUGCUGGGCUGACAGUAGCAAACUCGUAUAUACAUCGGCAUUUCUGCUGGAAGUAAUGAGAAUUCACACAAUAGCGCCCCUGGCUGGUCCUCGAAGAGUUUUACAGGACACAGUCAUCGACGGCUACGUUAUACCUAAAGAGACGACGGUUCUGAUAUCCUUGGCCGAUAUUCACUUGGAUCCGAAUCUGUGGCCGGAUCCUCACGAAAUAAAGCCGGAGAGGUUUAUCGACGAAAAAGGAUUAUCGAAAAGUAAUGAACACAUCUAUCCUUUUGGAUCAGGUCGGAGACGUUGCCCAGGCGAUUCGCUGGCCAGGUCUUUCGUCUUUAUCAUAUUUGUUGGGAUCCUGCAGAAGUACAGAAUAGACUGUGUCAAUGGAGUAUUGCCGUCUAACGAAGCUGACAUAGGCUUGCUUGCGGCUCCAAAACCUUUUGUCGCUAAUUUCGUAUCAAGAGAGUAAAUCGCCCAAAAAUCUAUCUUAUGAUUAUGACCUGGUGGGCGUUAGGUUAAUGUCUGUAUGUGUUUGGUUUUAAAUUACUAUUAAGGUUUUUAUAUGUAGUUUGUAGUUUCAAAAGUGUAACUAGUAAGCAUUUAUUAGGUAUAUUAUAGUUAUUAAAUUAAGUUACGAACAAACUGUGUAUUUUCUCUUCUCACGGUUUGAAGUCACGUGAAGCGUGAAAUAGUUUAUUUGUUAAAACUUACCUCAUUUAAGGGAGAUAUAGAUUGUUCAAUUCCUUACCGCAAGCGUACAUUGAGUUUUCUUGCAUUGUAUGGUUUCUAAGAAGUCAUUGUAGGGGCAUGAAAUGCAGGUCCAUUGAGGGUCAUUGAGACUCUGUCUUGUCUGUGGGCUAAAACAAGAAGAAGAAGAAAAAUUAAAAUUCAACUACUAGAUCUACGACGUGUUGUGAUCUGGCUCGGAUUGGUGCCACCUCUCUGCCGCAAAGCAAUGAUUCUGGGUGGAAGGACAGGAUAGACGCAGUACAAUAAAAUUUAGCCUACAAACUCAUGUCUUAAGGUGUAUGAUCGCAUAGCAUUGUAAUAUCUAUGAGCUCUUAAGCUGUCCUACUUUAAAUUGGGUGAUCCACUUCAACAACGGUCAUCGUGAGUGUACUCAUAUUUCGCAAUAUGAUAACCUAGCAACUGAAGAAAUAUUUUUAAUCUGGUCCGCGCCCAGUCAAGUCAACUAUAAAUGCGUUUUAUAAUUAUUAUAAGGUCUUAUAAGGUAGUUCAAAUGGAAAACAAUACUUAUUUGAGUUACUCGUUUAAGAGUCAGUGAAAUUGUCCGUCAAAAGUUUAUUGUACUGUUUUAAAUUCCAUGUUUAAGGAGUAUUGAAUAAUUUAAAAUAAAUUGUACUUUUA